AUGGACAUGAACGGCAAGGCCGAUCCAUUCUGCGUCCUCAGCGUCAAUGGCGAAGGCGAGCAGUACAAGACUAACGUUGUCAUGCGCAGCCUCACACCAGUCUGGAACCAGCCAUUCAACAUCCCAGUUCCUAACCAAGACAAGGACAAGCUCCACGUCAUUGUCUACGACUGGGACGAGAAGAACAGCGACGACGUCAUUGGCUACAACAAGAUCAAGCUUCACGAGAUCCGCAUCAACCACCCAGUCGAGACACUUGUCCACUUGAAGAAGAGACAUGGUGUCCGCACCGAGCGCGGUGAUGUCCAUCUCCGCUUCGAAGCAUACAAGCCAGGCACCGAACCAGCUAUCGACUUUGUUCCAACCGCUCAUCCAGAGAAGAAAGUUUCACAGGAAGCCCCAACAGUUGUUGACUGCACCGUUGUCAACGCCACCGAGCUUGCAAUGAUGGAUCUUAACGGCAAGGCCGAUCCAUACGUCAUUGUCAAGAUCAACGAAAACGGCAAGAUCAACACAACUAAGGUUGUCAAGAAAGACCGCAAUCCAGUCUGGAACGAGACAUUCAACAUGGACGUUGCCGACGAGAAGAAGGACGUUCUUAUUGUUGAGUGCUACGACUGGGACGAGAGUGGCAAGCAUGAUCUUAUUGGCAACGGCGAAGUUGCACUCGCUGGUCUUUCACACGACACCGUCAUUGAGCGCGAUGUUGAGCUUUCUAAGGAAGGUGGUCUCCGCAAGAAGCGCGGCACCGUCCACCUCAAGCUCCAUCUCCACAAGAACGAUGCCAACGAUUCCGACUCCGAAGAUCACGAAGCGCGCGAGCACCCAGCUGCCGCUGCCUUCCUCGAGCUUUCAUCAUCAUCCGAUGUUGGCGAAGCACAGACACGCUCCAUCCCAACAGUUGCAUCCGAGCACACAUCCUCCGACGACGACAACAAGGACAACUCUGCUCCAACCGAGAAGAAGGCCGAUCCAGUUGUCAUCCACUGCACAGUUGUUGAUGCCCAAGGCCUUCCAGCCAUGGACCUCAACGGCAAGGCCGAUCCAUUCUGCGCUCUUAACGUCAACGGCAAGGGCGAACCACAGAAGACACAGGUUGUCAUGAAGGACAAGAACCCAGUCUGGAACCAAGACUUCAACAUCCCAGUUGAGAACCCAGAGAAGGACAAGCUGUACAUCACCGUCUACGACUUCGAUGAAGGCAACGACAACGAUGUCAUUGGCUUCAACCGCCUUCCAAUCAACGACAUCAAAGUUGGCGAUGCUCCAGUUGAGCGCACCGUCGAGCUGAAGAAGCGCCACGGCAUCCGUCCAGACCGCGGUGUUGUCCAUCUCAAGCUUUCAGCAUUCAACCCAGGUGAAGAACCAGGUGCAGCUCCAGCUGCCGAACAUCCAGUCAAGAGCGAAGUCCCACCAAAGGCCGAGUUCCUUGACUGCACAGUUGUCAGUGCUUCUAACUUAGUCAAGAUGGAUAAGCACGGCUUGAGCGAUCCAUACGUUGUUCUCAAGGUUAACAAGGAUGGUGAACCACAGAAGACAGAAGUUGUCAAGCAGAACUUGA